CCCUGUCAGCAUGUGUGUUUGUGCUUCUGCCCACCCGUGUAUUGUCCCCUGUGUCCGUGUCCUGGCUGCUGUGAGAGCCACUGUUCCUGUCGUGGCCCUGGCGCUGACCGCGACCUCCUCUGCCAACCCGCCCCGUUCCACGCAGGUGCUCCGGGCUGCACCGCCCGCAGACCGAGGCCGAGGUGCUGGAGCAGAGCGCGCAGACGCUGCGCGCCCACCUGGGGGCCCUGCUGAGCACGCUCAGCCGCUCGGUUCGCGCGUGCCCCGCCGUGGUGCGCGCCACCUUCCGCCAGCUCUUCCGGCGCGUGCGCGAGCGCUUCCCCGGCGCCCAGCACGAGAAUGUACCGUUCAUCGCCGUCACCAGCUUCCUGUGCCUGCGCGUCUUCUCUCCCGCCAUCAUGUCGCCCAAGCCCUUCCACCUUCGGGAGCGCCACGCGGACGCCCGCACCAGCCGCACCCUGCUCCUGUUGGCCAAGGCAGUCCAGAACGUGGGCAACAUGGACACGCCGGCUUCCAGGGCCAAGGAGGCUUGGAUGGAGCCGCUGCAGCCCACCGUGCGCCAGGGCGUGGCGCAGCUGAAGGACUUCAUCACCAAGCUCGUGGACAUCGAGGAGAAGGACGAGCUGGACCUGCAGCGGACGCUGAGUUUGCAGGCGCCACCUGUGAAGGAGGGGCCACUCUUCAUCCACAGGACCAAGGGCAAGGGCCCCCUCAUGUCCUCCUCCUUCAAGAAGCUCUACUUCUCCCUCACUACCGAGGCCCUCAGCUUCCCGAAGACGCCCAGCUCCAAGGGGCCUCCUGCUGCGCACUCCAAGGGGGUGCACGUUUCCAAAGAGAGAUCAAGGGACAUGGGGAAAGGAGAAAGGGCUCUGGUGGCGGCAGCGGCGGACACUUGGGGUCUGGACGCAACGGCGGCGGGAGCAUGAAAGCCCUUCCAGCCUUCGAGUCGUUCUUGCUCUUCGAGGGCGAGAAGAAACAACUCCUAAAGGACCCACAAGUGCUAUUUGCUGGCUACAAAGUCCCCCACCCCUUGGAGCACAAGAUCAUCAUCCGAGUGCAGACCACGCUGGACUACAGCCCCAGGAAGCCUUUACCAACGCCAUCACCGACCUCAUCAGUGAGCUGUCCCUGCUGGAGGAGCGCUUCCGGACGUGCCUGCUUCCCCUUCGCCUUCUGCCGUGAUUGUCAGUUUCCUGAGGCCUCCCCAGCCACGCUUCCUGUACAGCCUGCAGAACUUCUGGCAUGGAAAAGCCCCCGUGCAACUGGUAAAGAUAUCAAUAAGCACCAGGAGGUAUCUAAAUCCACCAGGAGCCAUAGGCAUCACGUCGACGUCCAUUUACCAGUCUUCCCUGGCAAGAUUCUUCUGAAUUGUGCUGCCUUGGCCAAAAGAGGAGGAACUACCCUGCCCUGGCAGAGGCUGGGGAUGAAGGAGGAAGAGAGAGCCGGUCCCCUGGAUAAAGAGCCCAGCACAGACUACAGACGGGGGAGCCUCUGGGGCUGCAGACACUGCAGACGGACGGACAGACAGAUGGACAACAGCGGGAGGCUUGGCCCGGCCAUAGGGCUCUCUGCGGGACAGUCCCAGCUGCUAGUGUCGCUGUUGCUGCUACUGACCCGUGUCCAGCCUGGGACACACGUGGCUGCCCGAGAGCACAUCAGCUAUGUGCCCCAGCUCUCAAACGACACCCUGGCGGGGAGGCUCACCCUGUCCACCUUCACGCUGGAGCAGCCUCUAGGCCAGUUCAGCAGCCACAACAUCUCUGACUUGGAUACCAUCUGGCUGGUGGUGGCCCUCAGCAACGCCACCCAGAGCUUCAUGGCCCCACGGACAAACCAGGACAUCCCUGCUCCUGCCAACUUCUCCCAGAGGGGCUACUAUCUCACACUGAGGGCCAACCGGGCGCUGUACCAGGCCAGAGGCCAGCUCCAUGUCCUCCGCAUCGGCAAUGAUACCCACUGCCAACCAACAAAAAUUGGCUGCAACCAUCCCCUACCAGGACCCGGCCCCUACAGGGUGAAGUUCCUGGUGAUGAAUGACGAAGGACCCGUGGCUGAAACAAAGUGGUCCAGCGACACUCGCCUCCAGCAAGCCCAGGCACUUCGGGCUGUCCCCGGCCCCCAGAGCCCGGGCACCGUGGUCAUCAUAGCCAUCCUGUCUAUCCUCCUGGCCGUCCUCCUCACGGUCCUCCUGGCUGUGCUCAUAUACAGCUGCUUCAACAGCUGCAGGAGCACUUCCCUAUCAGGCCCAGAGGAGGCAGGGAGUGUGAGAAGAUACACCACGCACCUCGCGUUCAGCACUCCCGCCGAGGGGGCUUCCUGAGGGGUUCCAGAGGGGCCCACGUGUCCCUCCACCUCCUCCCUGGCCCAGGCUGCAGAGCCUGGGCUGGGACACGCCCUGAAGCUUCUGGACCCUGAGAGAGAUUGUUUCUUUUCUUUACUUUUUUUUUUUUUUUUUUUUUUUUGAGACGGAGUCUCACUCUGUCGCCAGGCUGGCGCGAUCUUGGCUCACUGCAACCUCUGCCUCACGGGUUCAAGCGAUUUUCCUGCUUCAGCCUCCUGAGUAGCUGGGACUACAGGCACACACCACCAUGCCCAGCUCAUUUUUGUAUUUUUAGUAGAGAUGGGGUUUCACCAUGUUGGCCAGGAUGGCCUCCAUCUCUUGACCUUGUGAUCCGCCCGACUCGGCCUCCCAGAGUGCUGGGAUUACAGGCGUGAGCCAUCAAGUCUGGCGAGAGAGAUUGUUUCUAGAUGAGGGUGGGGGCGGGUGUCCUUAGCCCAAAGCUUGUGCCAGUCUCUAUCAGAAAUAAAUGCCCUCAACACC